GGGACUAUAAAAUAAGACACUUCACAAUGCUCUACCUUCUCCCUCUCUUUUUCUUGGUUGCCCAUAAACCCAAAAAAACCUCUACUUAAACCCUUCAUCAAAGUUCAAAACUCCAAUCACCAUUCCACCGCCGUCAACCACCAUGAGUUCCUUCACCGCCACCACCCCAAACUUCGACAACCUCCUCCUCCAAUCCCUAAUGAACCGUCUCCAAAUUCGUUCUCCUUCCAACUCACCUUCUCCACAAUGCCUCGAAGAUCUCCUCUUCAACACCCUCCCUUUCUCUUCCGAAGACGACGACGACAACGAUAAAAUCGACCUUUUUUCUUCCCAAGCCAAGUUAUCGAAAGAAGAAUCCCUUGUAGAGAAAGAGAUUAUACGGAUAAUAUUAACGGGGAAUGUUGAUUCGUUGAUGCCGAAUUCGGGUCAAGCUGUUGUUAUUGGUGAACAUCAUAUAUGUAUUGGGUUUCAUGAGGAUACGGGUUCUGAUUAUCGGGUGUGGGAAUGGCAUGGUCAUAUUAUGCUUUUUGAUGAGGAAAAUGGGUAUAUGCCGGAAUAUAUAUAUGGGAAUUAUUUUGAAAGAGUUAAUGGGAAGAUUGUGAAGGAGAAAAGGGGAGAAGAGGAAAGUGAGAAAGAGGAGAAAAUUGGGAAUUUGGGAUUGAGAGAGUUGAUUCAAUCUGGGGAGACGAAUAAUGAGGGACGGAUUCUUAGGAGGAAUAUAAAUGCUGGCUCUACAAGCUGACAGGGUCUAGACUUUGCUGUUUUACACCAAAGAAACAAUUUGAGGAUGUUGCAUAUUUUCCCUUGGCUACAUGGAGAUUCCUUACAUUCCCUUUUCCAAGCUACUACUUGAUGUUCAAAUACUAGAAUAUUUGCAAAUUGUGAUCUUGCAUGUUCUAUUGAAAUAUUGCAUUGCAAAGCAAAAAUAGGAGCUUGUGCCAGAUGAGAAUAGUUCCUUCUUUUCUUCAAUUCACUCUUAUUUUUUUUCAAUCUCUUUGUUAUAAGGAGGUUGAAAAUCUGUUACAGAAUAAGCUGCUUUCUUUCAGAAGCAACUGUACUUGAUUCUUUCGUAUGUAGAGAAUGCUCCUAUCUUA